AUGAAUGAAGAAGACGCCAUCCAGAACAUCCUCAAGAAGAUUGAGCGCGAGAAGGCUCUCCUCAAUGCCGCCAAUGCUAUGCGAGCCCAGACCAACAAUGAGGCCGUCCGAUCCAGACUCGACUCGCAGAUGCGCGAUGGCCGACGGAACCUGCAGUUCUUUGAGGAGAAGCUUCGCGAGGCCCAGAUGCGUCGCGGCAUGGACAACAUGUCUCUCGGCUCUCCCUCCGAUAGACCUCUCAGCGACGACAUGGGCGACGCGCCCCCUCCUCCUCCCAAGGACGCUUCACAGCAGUGGGCAGAGCGUGGCGGCUACGGCGCUGAUAGCGCUGUCUCUGGCGGCAACGUCCAGUACAGCCAGAUCGGAGGUCACGCCGGCCUGAUGCCUCCCCGUCCUUUCGCCCCUCCGGGCCCCUCGUCGACAGUUUCUAAGCCGCGUGCCAACUUCACAAAGCUUGAUCUCAUCAAAUGGGACACCCCACACCUCGGCCCUCGUAUCCAGCUUAUGCUUUCUCAGAUUCAGUUCAAGCUCAACGUGGAGGAACAAUAUCUGAAGGGCGUUGAGAAGAUGGUUCAGUUGUACGGCAUGGAAGGCGACCGAAAGAGCAGGGCCGACGCAGCUGGCAGAAGGGUCGAGAGCAAGCAAAAGAUUCUACUCUUGAAGCAGGCUAUGAAGCGCUACGAAGAGCUGCACAUCGACCUGGACACUGCCGAUAGUCCAGAUGAUGAUUCUAUCAAUAUGCCCAAUCUGCGCAAACCCCUCACUGGUCAGCUUACCAUUCAGGUCCGCCAGAUUAUGGAUGUCGAUCAUGCGUCUAUGAGCCGCUUUGCCCGUGGACCCGAAACCUUCGUCGCGGUCAAGGUCGAAGAUAACGUCGUCGCUCGCACAAGAGUCACCAGAACGGACAAGUGGGAAGCCGAGUACCACACUAUCGAUGUCGACAAGGCCAACGAAAUUGAGCUCACCGUCUACGACAAGCCCGGCGAACAUGCUAUUCCCAUCGGUUUGCUCUGGGUCCGUAUUUCCGACAUUGCUGAGGAGAUGAGAAAGAGGAAGAUCGAGGCCGAGAUCAAUAGCUCAGGUUGGGUGUCUGCCGAUAGGAUGGGUGCCCCGCCACCGCAAUUUCCCAUGAACCCCCAGUCGCAGCAGUCCAUGGGAGGGCCACCACCACCCUCGCCCGGCGCUCCUCACGGUCAGCAAGGCCCGCCGAUGACUGUGCCGACAGCUCAGGGCUUCAUUGAUGGGUGGUUCAACCUCGAGCCCGCAGGUCGCAUCCAGCUUCAGCUGGGAUUCGUCAAGCAGAACAAGGACCGUCGUCCUCUGGACCUCCAAGGACUGGGAAGAAAGGGCGCCGUUCGUCAACGCAAGGAGGAGGUGCACGAGAUGUACGGCCACAAGUUCGUCCAACAUCAGUUCUACAACAUCAUGCGCUGCGCUCUCUGCGGAGACUUCCUCAAGUAUUCCACUGGCAUGCAGUGCGAAGACUGCAAGUACACCUGCCAUACCAAGUGUUACACCAGCGUGGUCACCAAGUGUAUCAGCAAGAGCAACGCUGAGACGGAUCCUGAUGAGGAGAAGAUCAACCACCGCAUCCCUCACAGGUUCCAGGCCUUCUCCAACAUGACGGCCAACUGGUGCUGCCAUUGCGGUUACAUCUUGCCCUUUGGCAAGAAGAACUGCCGAAAGUGCGCUGAAUGCGGUCUCACAGCUCACUCUUCUUGCGUCCACCUUGUCCCUGACUUCUGCGGCAUGUCUAUGGCGGUGGCCAACCAGAUUUUGGAGGGCAUCAAGUCAACGCGCAUGAUCAAUAAGAACAAGACGUCGUCGUCUCUGAGUGACCGCACUCUGAGGAAGCCCACGAGCCCGACAAGCACUCUGAGCUCGCCGCCUCACAGCGCAACCCAGCCACCAUAUGCUCAAGGCUCUCCCGAGGCUACCGAGGCCGCCAAGCUGAUGUAUCAGCAACAGUCUCCUCAGGGUCAAAGGCCGCACCCCGAUCGCACAUCUUCCAGCUCUGCUGCGGCAGCAGCGGCGACAGCUGCUAUGAGUGGCUCGAUGGGCCAGCAAAAGCCUCAGUCGCCACAAGAUUAUGGACGUUAUGGAUCCAGCGGUGGCUACGGAUCUCCUCAUGACCAAGGCCCAGAAGACCCCUACGGCCAGCAGCGAAAGUAUAACCCGGCAGACUACGCGGCUGUCAAUGCCUACCCCCCGCAGCCUCCGGUGCAACAACAACAACAGCGACCUGUUCAACAGCAGCAGCAGCAACAACACCAGCCUCCGCCACAACAGUAUUCGCAGCCUCCACCUCAACAGCAGCAAAUGUACCAGCAGCAGCCACAGCAGCCUCCGGUCGCUUCACCCAAGUUGCAGGAGGCCCCGCAGCUUUCGCCCAUUACUUCUGGUGGUGUCCCCAGCGCUGGACGCAAGCCUUUGCCCUCCGCCACCGAUCCUGGUACUGGCCAGCGCAUUGGUCUGGAUCACUUCAACUUCCUGGCUGUGCUUGGUAAGGGUAACUUCGGAAAGGUUAUGCUUGCGGAGACGAAGCGGUCCAAGAGGCUCUAUGCCAUCAAGGUAUUGAAGAAGGAGUUUAUCAUUGAGAACGACGAAGUUGAGAGCAUCCGGUCCGAGAAGAGAGUGUUCCUCAUCGCCAACAGAGAAAGGCAUCCCUUCUUGACCAACCUCCACGCUUGUUUCCAGACUGAGACCCGUGUUUACUUUGUCAUGGAGUACAUCAGUGGUGGUGAUCUCAUGCUCCACAUCCAGCGCGGCCAGUUUGGUACCAAGCGAGCUCAAUUUUACGCCGCAGAAGUCUGCUUGGCGCUGAAGUAUUUCCACGAGAACGGUGUAAUUUACCGUGAUCUGAAGCUCGAUAACAUCUUGUUGACCCUGGAUGGCCACAUUAAGAUUGCCGAUUACGGUCUUUGCAAGGAGGAUAUGUGGUUCGGUUCCACCACGAGUACCUUCUGUGGAACCCCUGAAUUCAUGGCGCCCGAAAUUCUCCUUGAUAAGAAAUACGGCCGCGCCGUCGACUGGUGGGCUUUCGGUGUCUUGAUCUACCAAAUGCUCCUCCAGCAGUCGCCCUUCCGUGGUGAGGACGAAGACGAAAUCUACGACGCCAUUCUCGCCGAUGAGCCUCUGUACCCGAUUCACAUGCCGAGAGACUCCGUGUCCAUUCUGCAAAAGCUGCUCACCCGUGAGCCCGACCAGCGCCUGGGCAGCGGUCCGACAGAUGCGCAGGAGAUUAUGAACCAGCCCUUCUUCAGAAACAUAAACUGGGACGACAUUUACCACAAGCGUGUGGCACCGCCAUUUAUGCCACAGAUCAAGAGUGCCACUGACACCAGCAACUUCGACUCCGAGUUUACGAGCGUCACGCCUGUUUUGACCCCUGUCCAAUCAGUUCUUUCGCAAGCUAUGCAAGAAGAGUUCCGUGGAUUCUCUUACACUGCCGAUUUCGACUAA